AUGUCUAUAUGUGUACAUCCUUUCCCAGAAUGCAGUGCAAGUAGAGAAGAUGUUGCUGAGCCUGUUCCUUCUGAUGUCUUACCUAUGCUAAGCUUUAAAGGUGUUUCCCAUACACCAUCUGUAGAGUCUGAUAGUUGGACAUUUGUAGAUAUCACUCAGCUUCCCAAUAAAACUGACACUUCUGAACUUAAUUCCAAAUUCCUAGGUCUUGAAGAUUGGGAUAUCAUCAGCGCCAAAGAAGUGACUGGAAACCUGAACGGUAACUUCGGAAAAGACCGUUCGAUGGUGGCGAUGCCAUUUGUUGGUGCUUUUGUAAAUCAAGUGGAGAAAACUAUCAAUAAAGUUCAACGCAUCUUUAUAUCGUCGGAAAUUGAAGACGAGAUCGCUAAGGCCGCCAGACCGCCACUCAGUGAUGCAGAUUUUCACAAGUUCUUAGACCAGCAGGGUAGGUUGGUUCGACCGGGAGAGUUUCGUCUGCACGUCUACCAUGGUGGUAUCGAGCCUUCUCUGCGUAAAGUCGCGUGGAGGCAUUUGCUGAAUAUCUUCCCGGAUGGUAUGACUGGAGAGGAGAGGUUCUACUACCUGAAGAGGAAAGCGAAUGAGUACGCCGACCUCAAAAAGAAGUGGCUGUCAGAUGAGCGAGAGGAAGUGAAAUAUAUCACUAACAUGGUGCAUAAAGACGUGCUCAGAACAGAUAGGAUGCAUAAGUUUUAUGCUGGGGGUGAUGAAAACCACAAUGUUAAUAAACUGUACAAUUUGUUGUGUACCUAUGCUCUCUCACAUCCCGAUGUCUCGUAUUGCCAGGGAAUGAGUGACCUUGCCUCCCCGAUUCUGUACGUCAUGAAGGACGAAGCACAUGCGUAUCUCUGCUUUUGUGGUGUCAUGACCAGAUUGAAAGGAAACUUCAUGUUAGACGGGCUCUGUAUGACAAAGAAGUUUGAUCACCUCUCCAUGUUGCUCAGAUGUUGUGAUCCUGAGUUCUAUGAUUAUCUAGGGGAGCAGAAUGCCAGUGAUCUGUUCUUCUGUUACCGCUGGCUUUUGCUGGAACUGAAACGAGAGUUUGCAUUUCAUGAUGCACUAUCUGUGCUGGAAGUGAUGUGGAGCUCUCUGCCUCCAGAUUACCCGGAAGGUGAAUUAGAGCUGUGUGGUCCCCCGGCACCGUUAUCGCCGUGUAUGUCACCUACUGACCGCAUGCGAUUCAAAUUUGCAAAACAAAGAUCAGUAAGUCAAGGCGGAAGCAGUCCCGGUAGCCCCAAAUCAUCUGAUACUACAUUUGAACAUUUCGAUCAAAAGACAGAUACAUCAAAAAUACAUAAUGGAAAUAAACAAAAGAAGCGUUUACAUUCUAAAGACAGCAGUAGUAUAGAAUCUGAUAUCAGUGAAGAAUCGGGGUACUCGUCAAAAUCGACGUCAGUUGACCAAACCCCGCAAAGUGUUAUAAAUAACGAUUUACCAAUCGUUGCAAAUCAUUUCUCAGAACCAGAACCGACUAAAGAACGGAAGACAAGUGACGGGAAAAGUAGUGUUAAGUCGCCUAGUGUAGCCACGACUAACGGUAGUGUCAAUAAGAACCCAUAUAGUAGUCUACCGCCCCCACAGGACUUUGGCGGUGGUAAUCCAUUCAUGUUAUUUAUGUGUCUGACUCUGUUGAUAGAGCAUAGGGACUAUGUGAUAGGAAACCAGCUAGACUACAAUGAACUCGCCAUGCACUUUGAUAGAAUGGUGCGUCGACAUAAUGCAGAGAAAGUACUCUAUAGGGCUAGGACUCUCUUUGCCGACUACUUACGAGCUGAAAUCAACAUGACCCAGGCUGAAUGUGCUUCACCUGUGAACAGUCCGAUGAAACGUUCUGUUACUGGACACAAAGGGGAAUCAUGUUGA